AUGGGCUCCCUUUCCAGACCAGUUACUGAAUUUUGCCUUGAUCUCUACAAUAAGCUCAACAGGAAUGCAGAGGACACAAACAUCAUCUUCUCUCCGAUAAGCAUCUCUGUUGCCCUGGCCCUGGUCCACCUAGGUGCAAAAAACAACACUGCUGCUCAGAUAGAGAAAGUGCUCCAUGUCAGGAAAGCUGCAGGAGGAAUGAGCCUUGGAUCUGACCUUGAGAAUGCAGCCCCAGAAAUGGAGCCAGAACGAAGCCAGGAAGGACAGUCAUCCCUCUCACAGUGUAACAAGGAUGAAGACCUUAACCACAAAGCAUUCCACGCACUGCUUUUACAACUACAAAACCUUGGUGAAAGCUAUGUUUUAACCCUGGCCAACAAUCUCUUUAUACAACAAGGAUUUAAACUCCGGGAGCAAUUUCUAACGUGCACUAAGGAACUGUAUGGAGCAAUGCCACAGACAGUGGACUUUCAGGGUGCUACUGAAGCUGCCAGAAUAAAAAUUAACACUUGGGUUGAAAGUCAGACACAAGGUAAAAUCAAGGAACUCUUUGCUCCUGGUGUGAUUGACAUACAUGCAUUGCUGGUGCUGGUGAAUGUAAUCUACUUCAAAGCAUCCUGGGAAAACAAGUUUGAGGAACAGAAAACUGUACAGAGAGAUUUUAAACUGAACCAGAAUGAAAAAAAACCUGUACAGAUGAUGUAUCAGAAAGGCACAUUUAAAUUAGGCUACAUUGAGGACAUUGGUGCUCAGAUCCUUGAACUCCCUUAUGCUGAGAAGACACUGAGCAUGAUCAUCCUGCUGCCAGGUGACAUGGCUGAUGGAUCUACCAGUGGGCUGGAGCAGAUUGGAAGCACAAUGACCUAUGAAAAUUUAACGCUGUGGACCUCUUCAGAGCACAUGUUUGAGACAAAAGUGGAGGUAUACCUCCCCCGAUUCAAGCUUGAAGGCACCUUUAACCUCAAUGAGGUAUUACAAGAGAUGGGGAUGACUGACAUCUUCACUGAAUCAAAAGCUGAUCUUACUGAAAUGUCGUUUGCAAAAUCUCUGGUGCUGUCAAAUGUGGUCCAUAAGACGUACGUGGAAGUCAAUGAGGAAGGCACUGUAGCAGCAGCUAGUACAGGAGCUGUCAUUGUGAGGAGGUCUCUUCCUCUCACAGAGGUGUUUAUGGCUGACCACCCUUUCUUAUUCUUUAUUAGACACAAUCCUACCAAUACCAUUCUUUUCUUUGGCAAACUCUGCUCACCUUAA